ACGCGUGGCCAACCUUUCACCUUAAGAUGCUGGAGUGGAUGAGUAAAUAUAAACCAGUUCCCAAGCUCUCCAGUCAGUCUCCUGUCCAUCAUACCAAUCUGAGGACCCAGCCUUCAGGCAGAGCCUUUAAGAAAGAAGACUUAAGUCAGAUUUCAAAAGACUCCUUAGAAUCAGAUUCGGAAAGCCUCCCCCAAGAGAUUAAGGCCCAGUCCAAAGUUGAGGACCAAAUCCAGGACAAAAAUAUGGAGCCUGACAGCUUAGAAGAGGACAGCCCUGACCAGGAAAGCCUGAGUGAGCCAGAAGAGGAAGUAAACAGAAAAACAGCUCACAGGGCCAACAAGGAAGACCUGGGAGCCCAGGGUGGUAUGAAUCACAGCCAUCAUCAUGCAGAAGACAAAUACUCAGACCUCCGAUAUGAUCCCAACUGGAAGAAUAAGAAAGAGGAGGAGGCGCCAUUGCCUGGGUCUGCUGAUAGCUCUUCAGAAAGCCUGCCUCUGGCUCCACUCUACCCUUCCAGGGAACCGUCAAUGGGACUCUCAGCAGGGAAAGGCCAAGAGAAGAGGAGUCCUCAGAGUGAAGUCUCCUUGCUUGGAAGUGAGUUCCUAAGCCCCAACUAUGAGCGUGGCACCCGUCAAAAUGAGUCCUUUUCAGAAUUAAGCGACAGUGACCAGGAGGAGAAGUCCAGCAACCUCUCCCAGUACCUGAAGAGCUCAAGUUCACACAAUGACGUGUUCCUGCCAGGAUCACGAGGGCCCCGGAGAAGGAAGUCCAAACAAUAUUUUGUGGAGAAAAACAAGCUGACUCUGGGAUUACCUACGCCUAAAACAGACUCUUACCUUCAACUUCACAAUAAAAAAAGAGGAGAGACUCGCCUCGAACAGAUCUCCUACCCCAUCAGAGACACUAGCAAGAUGGCCGUCCAGAAUGACAACGAGGUCGAAAAGGCUUCCGUGGAUCCUGAGGAUAAAUGGCACCAGAGAGCAAAGCAACUCAAGGUCAUCUGCUGGAUUGUGUGAGGGGUGUGCUUCAAGUGAUGCUGCUAGAUAUAAGUCAUGUUUGUCCCUGGGUUCCUGUUACUUAAGGGUCUGUUUUAUGCCUAGAAUACUUACGUACCAUGCUAUGCUGAAGACUGCCUUCUGCCAAGGAGUGCCGUAGCUUGCAUGCUUGCUCUGCCAGCAACCCUGCCUGCUUCUUAAAAGGUCCCCUGUCCCAGAACACCAUCAUGUCACACACUCCAAGCACACAGAGACAAAAAUCUCUCACCAAAGGAAGGGAUGAGGGAUGUGCAGGGGGGAAAUGGUAUGUGGCCUCUGGGAGCCAGUAGCUACCCAGUAGACUCAGGUGACACCAUCUCUAAAGCUGAUGGAAUACCUCAGAGCCUCGCCAAGCCUUGUUUCCAGAACAUUCAAGCUUACCAGCUGGUAACUUAGUAUGAUGGCAUCCUUCUUGUCCGUGGACACUCCUAAGUGAUUUGGAGGCAGGGGUAAUUGUCCCACCAUUUCUAGAAGAAAUAGGAAAAUAAUUAGGAUCUCAUCUUUUCCUGAGUCUGUCCAUAGAAUUAUAUGGAGCCAUUCUUGGAUGUGGUUCCACCCCUGUUUAAGAAAAGAGCAUGGUGUCGUGCCUUUA